GCUUCAUAAAAUAAAAUACUUUCAAUCUCUGGACUCUUGAUCCCGACAGAGAAUGCAUUCUCUCUCCUCCGAGCCAUUUCUCUCUCUAUCUCUAUCUUAAAACAGAGAGAUCUUCCUUAUAAAAAGCCAAAACCUUUACCACCAGCCAGAGCUUCUGCUUCUUUCUUCUCCUUUACAGGUUGUCACAUCACUAUAACAGCGAAACUCUCGGCGAUUAAUUAAAAAAAAGUAUCCGCUCAUAUCAAUCUCCUCCCUCCGAUCUCCAAAAACAUCAUCUUUCUCUCUUCUGUUCUCCUCCGAUGAGGUGUAAAAGACACACCGUCGAUCUCAGCAGCACCGCCGGCGUCUGCGCUUCUUGCCUCCGUGAACGUCUCCUCUCCCUCGCCGCUUCCGCCGCCGUCACAGAAGACCAUAAUCAAUCGCGUAAAUCUAAUAAUCUGAUUUUCCCUCGCUCUGUUUCUCCUUACGUAGCCCGCAGAAAAUCCGACGUCGGAGGAGGAGGAGGAAACCGCCGGUUCAUCACCACUCCUCAGGUGGAUACCGGAUUCUCAUGCAAGGACUUCGAAUCGAACCGUUCCUCUAAACCGAGGAGCGGUAAAGCUUCGAGAAUCUCCAGUCUGUUCAGAGCUAGAUCUGACGAUUUCGAUUCCGAUACCAAGUCUCGAGUUUCCUGCUCGUCCUCGUCCUCGUCACGGUCAUGGAUCUCGUCGUUUCUCUCCAAGAAGCAACCCACCGCGUGUUACAUCGAGGACGUGAUCUCCGCUCGUAGACCUCAGCGAGUGUACUGUCGAGGGAUGUCGCCUGCGAGAGAUACUGAAGCAGGAGAGGAGGAAAACGAGCCGAGAAGAACUCCGGCGAUGAAAACUCCCGGGAGGAGGAAUAUUGCGGCGGGGAUAGGGAGGAGCAUUUCGGGGAUGGGUUUCUGUUUGAGUCCGUUGGUGAGAGCUAGUCCUAACUGUCCGUUUAAACGGAAAAUUAGAUUCCCGUCGGAGUUUAACGGAAACGGCGGCGAGGUAACGGUGCCGGAAAAGCCGCAUAUUGCAGAAGCGGCGUCGUUUUGCGCGAAUAGAUCGAAGAAGCUUGUGGAUAUAGGUAGAGUUAAUCACCGCCGUUGAGUUAUUGGUGGGCAGGUUUGGUCAAAUGUUUGACUUAGCGCCUUUAAGUGUGUACCUUUUUUUUU